GUAAUCGAUGAAGACGAACAUUAAAUUAAUAAUUAAGUUAGUGUUAUGUUUUCUUUUUUUUUUGGGGGACUAUCUAUUGGAACAGUAUAAGAUAAUUCAUUUACCAAGUGUGUUGUUUUAUCUAAAUUCAUAUGCACCGUCUACAGCCACAGAAAUUAAUUCAAAACAGGAAUAUAAAAACUUCUUUUCAACUGACGAACUUGAUUGUAAAAGCUUUUUUUAUGAUGCUUCCGAAUGGACGUUAACGUACCAAAUGUUGAAUGAGACUCGUAGUGAAAGUAGUAACAUCAAAAAUGAAUUUGAUUGUAAAAACAAACUACUCAAGUUAUUAAACAGUAACAGCGUAAAACGUAUUGUGUACAGUAACAAUUCUGUUGAAAACCGCGGUUGUACAAAAAAUACAGCUCGAUGCAAAGAAAGUGCUUUUUUUGACACUACAUUAAAGAAAAGAAUAAACACGCCUCCAUGUUGCAGAGAAAAGUUGUUAGAGAUGUUAAAGCAUUUUACAAACGAGCUUCAAGAACUACAUAUAUCGCAUAUGUUAGCGUUUGGAGCCGUUAUUGGAUGGGCUCGAAACGGAAAAAUGGUUCCAUACGACAACGACAUUGAUUUAAUACUUAAUCGAGAAUUUUGGAAAACUCCAUUGUUUUACAAUGUUAUAAACAAACUGGAAACAAAAUAUGGAUACAAAACAUCUUUUGCUGAUGAUGGAGCAAAACUUCGGAUAAGAUAUAGUCCAAUUAACUAUAACACAAUUGAAGCAUGGCCCUUUGAAAUAAUUAAACGUGGAAAUAUUGCCGAAGUUUCAAUUCCACAUUAUGGUUGGAAAAAGCAACCGUUUGAAAAUCUUUUUCCAGAACGAUAUGUAAGUUUUGAUAAUGUAAUGACUUUUGUACCACGUGAUACAAACAGUUAUUUAAACAUUUUGUAUAGUAAUUGGACGAGUGAAUUAGAUUGCUCUUUUAAAAAAGAUAACAAAUGCGUUAAUAAUAGAAAUUAACGCGUUAAAA